AUGUCGAGGAAAUCAACCACCAAGACGAAACAUACAAUAACGACGAGGCACCCGAUCUUGUGGUGUCCUGCUACAGAGGAGUAUAUGCGGCCUAUACCCGCGGUUCUGCUCGAGAGAGCUUCAUCAACAAGGCCAGUGAAGGAGAUGCUAAUUGCAGAGUCUACGUCCAUGUGCAAGUAUAUCAACAUCGCGGUCAACAACAUCAACACCUUACCUCCGACAUCAGCUCCUUGCUGGGCACAGGAACUUCGACCCCGGCGACCCCGACAGCAACAUAGAGCCCUCAGGCAGACAUCUUUUGAACUUGGCAGCUCUACGGAUAACUGCAGCAUGUCAGUCUUUUGGCCAUACCACCCUACACAAAUCAAACACUUCACCGAAAUCCGGUCGUGCUCAUCGUCCGACACAUUCAACCCACACAACCCGAGCAAUUCCCGUGGAGGGGGGGUCGUUAUCCUCGAGCAAGCAACAGGGGCCGGCCUCCCAGCUGGUUCCUAG